AUGGAGUGGCUCGACAUUGCAAAGGACCUGAAUGCUGGCACCGUCGGUGGCGUUGCAGGCAUCGUGGCCGGCCACCCUUUGGACACUGUCAAGGUGCAACUCCAAACCAGUCGUGAAACGAGCGCUGGUAUCGUUCGUACAUUGCGCAAGGUCGUAGGGUCCGAUGGCGCCGCUGGGCUAUACAGAGGGCUAUUAUCCCCAAUACUGAGCAACGCGCCCAUCAAUGCUGUCGUGUUCGGUGUACAAGGUCAAGUGGUACGAGGUUUGCAGAAGGAUGACACGUCUUUGUCAAGUGCUCAGCAUUUCAUGGCUGGUUCGAGCGCUGGGUUGGUCCAAGUACUCUUUGCAGCCCCUUCGGAACAUGUCAAGAUUCAGCUUCAAACGGGGGCCAUGGGAGCUGAACACAGCUCUAUCAUGGCAGGACGCAUCAUAUUAAGAAAAUAUGGAGCUAAAACUCUUUUCAAAGGCUGGCAAAUGUGUCUUUUAAGAGACAUUCCUGCUUUUGGGGCGUAUUUUUGUGGGUAUGAAGCGACAAAGCGAUGGCUUACGGAAGGAAAAAACGAGAAUGAGACAGAUCUUAAGCUCAUGAUGGCGGGAGGUAUCGCCGGGAUGUUAUCGUGGAUGGUGAGUAUGCCGCAAGAUGUUGUGAAAAGCUGUGUUCAGAGCCAAAGUCUUGAAGGAACACAAAUGACUAUUACGCAAAUUACAAGAACAAGGAUGCGAGAAGAAGGACCGCGUUUCUUUUUUAAAGGAUUUAGCGCUACAAUGCUACGAGCAUUUCCAGGGAAACUGGAAGGAUUAAAUAAAACGAAAAGUGCACCUUGCUUCGAGGCUACUCACACUUUUAUUUAUCCUGUCAAUGUGUUGAAAGCUAGAAUUAUGCCGCUUCGUAUGGACAAUAAUAUGGUCGACUCGACCGAACUUAUGUUCAUCACACGUAAGAAAAGCUUUAGUAGUGUUACCACGGUGUCUUGUGGGAAUGGUAAACCGUAUCUUUCUUUUGUCAAUCUUAUGCAACUUCACAGAGUGAAGCUCAUGCCGCGCAUUGAGACUGAAGUCCGUUUGGACUUUAAGGACGUGCUCAUUCGACCUAAACGCUCUACGCUUAAGAGUCGCUCGCAAGUAGACGUCGAGCGUGAGUUUCGCUUUCGCAAUUCAAGGCGCACGUGGUCAGGCGUGCCCAUAAUUGCUGCAAACAUGGAUACGGUCGGGACGUUUGAGAUGGCUGUGGAAUUAGCAAAGCAGCGAUUCAUUACAUGUGUGCACAAACAUUAUACAACUCAAGAUUGGGCCGCCUUUGCGGCCCAACACAGCGAAGUACUUCCUACUGUGGCUGUAAGUGCCGGAUCUAGCCCAGCAGACAUUGACAAGGUGACGGUCAUUCUCAAAAACCAUUCAGAUAUCCAUUUCAUUUGCUUAGAUGUAGCCAAUGGCUACUCGGAGUCUUUUGUCCAAGCUGUACGCAAUGUACGUUCUUUAUUUCCAGAACACACGAUUAUUGCGGGCAAUGUAGUGACUGGAGAAAUGGUAGAGGAGUUGCUCUUGUCGGGAGCUGAUAUCAUCAAAGUUGGCAUUGGUCCAGGAUCAGUGUGUACUACGCGAAAACAAACAGGGGUUGGAUAUCCCCAGCUCUCUGCUGUCAUCGAAUGCGCUGACGCGGCGCACGGUCUUAAUGGUCACGUGAUCUCGGAUGGAGGCUGCACAUGUCCAGGCGAUGUUGCGAAAGCAUUUGGUGCUGGAGCGGACUUUGUCAUGCUUGGUGGUAUGUUAGCUGGCCACGAUGAGAGUGGUGGUGACAAGGUAGAACUUAACGGAAAAGUUUUUAAAAAGUUUUAUGGCAUGAGCUCAUCAGAGGCUAUGAAAAAACACAGCGGAGGAGUAGCUGAAUAUCGGUCCUCGGAGGGAAAAUGCGUGACAGUACCGUAUCGUGGUCCUGUUGUGGCAACAUGCAGGGAGAUAUUGGGAGGUGUACGCUCUACUUGCACGUACGUUGGAGCCAGCAAGUUAAAAGAAAUUAGCAAGCGCACGACAUUUAUUAGGGUGUCGCAGCAGCUGAAUGAAAUCUUUGGACGUGCUCCAAAUGAGCAAGAGGAGCAAGUACUAAAGAAACAGAAGAUCGUUUAA